UUUAAAAGGUAAAAUUAUUUGCACAGUGUAUAAAUAAUAUUGACAAACUAGUAAAUAUAACCAUUUCACAUAAAAUUCACAUGUAUUUACUUCCUGUUUUGGAUCUUUAACAUGACAUUAAGGAUCGCAAAAAGGAUAUUUAAGUGCUUGGUAACAUCUGCAAUUGUGCUCGAAAUUAUACUUGUGGCUCUUAUCAUAACAUGGUUUGCUCGUAGACAACGACCAAUGGAAUCUAUGCUAUGCUUUAGUGAUGAGAGUCUUAAAUCAGCUGGGUGGAAAUCUGAAAUCCUUCAAAAUCUGACAUUGGGAUAUGGCAAAGAUACGACACAGAAUGAAACUUGCUUUGAAACAGUUGCGGUGUUAAACCCUUUUGUUCGCCAGCUCAUGAUAUUCCGGUAUGAUGCUGAUAUUAAUCCAGAACAUCAUAUGUUUAACUUAACCAUCUUCAACCAUGUCAACAAAACCAUAUCAACAGACUUACCUGCUUUAUUGCAACUCAAAGACAUAAAGAUGAUUGAAUCUUCAGCAGAACAAGAAAAUCGAUCAAAGAUAUUUUGGAAGUCUUCCAUUAGUCAAGGAGUCGGACUCGACUAUUUUGAGGAAGAGGGAGUUAUUGCUAUACAGAAGUCAGGAUACUAUCAUGUCGCUACGCAUUUGACAAUCAUGAAAGAAAACGAAACCAUUUCCGCCGCUGAUGAACUAGCUUCACAUCAGGUUAUCCGCAUCUCAGAUAAAACUGAUAAAGAAUCAGUGUUACUAGAAAACAUCAGCGUCCAAUGUCAUAUGCCUACCAAACAACGUGAACAAUCAAGUGACAUGGCUGCAGCUUUUAAACUUGAGAAAAGGGAUAAGAUUUUCGUGACUUUCUCUCACCCGUAUAAAAUUGUGUCUGGUAAUGGAGGACAUUUUUUCAGUAUUGUUGAAAUAUAAAUAUUUCGCUCUUAUGAUUGAUAAAAAUCUUUAUAUACUGAUAACAUGAUUAUAAAUUGAAUAUGUUUGAUUAAGAUAUCAUUUACAUGGACAAAUACGAUUCUAAACAGGUGAGAACAAGUCAAAUGUCUGUAAUAUUAACAGUCUUGAGACAUGGCUACAUCUUUAAAAUUGGAACAAAAAGUUGAACAGGAACAUCUUUAGAAUAACAUUGAGGAUUAACAUAAAUCGGUUCAAAUUCACCAGUAGAGCUUAUGCUGAAUAUUGUUCUAAGGCGAGCAUAGAUGUAUGACAUGUUUUUGUUUGUUUUUCCGUGUAUCGUUCGUCCGCGUCCCCAAAUGUUUCAAAUUUUGCCCGCCCUCAACUCUCCGUUUCCGUCCCCUUCAUCCUUAUUAUUUCAUUGCCAUGCUCUUGUGCCCUCUCCUGGUUUUGUUUUGUGCCUUGCUUGGUUUCUUGCAGGUGUUCAUCGAAUGCCGCCUUUCCUUUUUUUGUCUUUUUAAAAUAUUUUUAACUAACGCUGAUGUUAUUGUAUCUUGCAUUAGAAUAUUGUACAUUAUUUCAGUAAUUUUGCCUUUUACCAAUUACAAUGUUCCUAUUAGACGGCAUAUAUAUUUAUAUUUGUUGGAUUCCGUAAUACUCACUAGUCAUAACUGACACUUUUAUGUUUUAACGUCAAUAUCUUAUGGUCAAAACACUAUGAUUAUUUAUUAUAUCUAUGAAUGCUAACGAAAUCAUAAAGUUACGUUUAAAAACAUGCUCACGAAAUUACCAAAUUAUCAUAUGACUUGUAGAUAGAAUGUUAUUGUACUUAGUGCGCGUGAUCAAAUACUCAUUUCAAAGAGAUUUCAAUACAUAAACGUUUCGUCUGUCUUUCAAUUUGCAUUUUAUCUUGAUAAUUAUGAAACACUUCUCACCUUUAUUGUUUUUGAGCUUAUUAAAUGUUUAUGAUAUCAAGCAAUAGUUUAUUCAUUUUAUGACAUACUAUUUUGGUUGUUAAAAGUCUUGUUUUUUCAUUGUUUUUCGGUUUCGUUUUCUUUAAUUAAAUUAAAUAAGCUAUUCCUCCCUUUGUUAUCUCACUAAUCUUAUAAGAAUGCUUUUCACAAUGCUUACUAAUUGUUUCAGGCAGUAUCAGUUUGUCUCUUGGUGUUGUUGUUAAAAAAAAAACAAAAAAAACUUUUGUACUUGUUUCAAUACUUUUAUUAUCAUUUAUAAAUAAAGUUGACUCUCAAUUAGUCAAAAUCGUAUAAACUGACAGUGCGAAUAAUCGUUGAUGAAUCACAGUAACCGACCAUUCGGGUCGCCUUAUUCACAAUCCAACGCUCUACUUCUUGUGCUAACCGGACGGCUAACGAAGUUGAUAGAUA